UGCGGCUGCAGCUGUCGCCGCGGCCGCCGCAGCCCGGCCGCCUCCUGGCUCGCCUCCAGCCUCGGGAAGGGCAGGGCUAUUCAGAGGCUUGGCGGGAAAAAGAGAACAGAGGGAGGGAUCGUACGUAGCACUAUAAAAGCCGGUUUUCUGGGCUUUAUCUAACUCACUGUAGUAAUUCCAGCGAGAGGCAGAGGGAGCGAGCGGGUGGGCCGCGAGGGUGGAAGAGCAGAGCGAGCCGACGGAGCCGAGCGAGCGGAGCCGUCCUCCGGGCGCCCGGGGAAGGGAGGUCCGGAGUGAAAGGGGGGCCUCGCCUCCGGCCCAGCUGCCUCCUCCCUUCCCGCCGACCCCUGCCAGCGGUCCGCAGCCGCCGCUGCAUCCACCAAACUUUGCCCAUUGCAGUGGGCGGGCACUUUCCCCUGGAACUUACAACACCCGAGCGAGAACGCGACUCUCCGUACGCAGAGGAGCUCUUCUGCCUCUUUGGGGAGACGCUUCUCCCUGCCGCUGCCUAGACCCGCUCCCCUGAAAGGCGUUCCUCGCCGCUUUUUGGUCGCUGGAUUUCCUUCGGGUAGUGGAAAACUAGCAGGCCGCCGCGAUGCCCCUCAACGUCAGCUUCACCAACAGGAACUAUGACCUCGACUACGACUCGGUGCAGCCGUAUUUCUACUGCGACGAGGAGGAGAACUUCUACCAGCACCAGCAGCAGAGCGAGCUGCAGCCACCGGCGCCCAGCGAGGAUAUCUGGAAGAAAUUCGAGCUGCUGCCCACCCCGCCCCUGUCUCCGAGCCGCCGCUCGGGGCUCUGCUCGCCCUCCUACGUCGCGGUGGCGUCCUUCUCCCCUAGGGGAGACGACGACGGCGGCGGCGGCAGCUUUUCCACGGCCGACCAGUUGGAAAUGGUGACCGAGCUGCUGGGAGGCGACAUGGUGAACCAGAGCUUCAUCUGCGACCCGGACGACGAGACCUUCAUCAAAAACAUCAUCAUCCAGGACUGUAUGUGGAGCGGCUUCUCGGCCGCCGCCAAGCUCGUCUCCGAGAAGCUGGCCUCCUACCAGGCUGCGCGCAAAGACAGCGGCAGCCCGAGCCUCCCCCGCGGGCCUGGCGGCUGCUCCACCUCCAGCCUCUACCUGCAGGACCUAAGCACCGCCGCCUCCGAGUGCAUCGACCCCUCCGUGGUCUUCCCCUACCCCCUCAACGACAGCAGCUCGCCCAAGCCCUGCGCUUCCCCCGACUCCGCCGCCUUCUCUCCGUCCUCGGACUCUCUGCUCUCCUCCGCCGAGUCCUCCCCGCGGGCCAGCCCCGAGCCCCUGGCGCUCCACGAGGAGACACCACCCACCACCAGCAGCGACUCUGAGGAAGAACAAGAGGAUGAGGAAGAAAUUGAUGUUGUUUCUGUAGAAAAGAGGCAGCCCCCUGCCAAAAGGUCAGAAUCAGGGUCAUCUGCUUCCGGAGGCCACAGCAAACCUCCCCACAGUCCACUGGUCCUUAAAAGAUGCCACGUGUCCACCCAUCAGCACAAUUAUGCAGCACCCCCCUCCACUAGGAAGGACUAUCCUGCCGCCAAGAGGGCUAAGUUGGACAGUGGUAGAGUCUUGAAACAGAUCAGCAACAACCGCAAAUGUACCAGCCCCAGGUCCUCAGACACAGAGGAGAAUGACAAGAGGCGGACACACAACGUCUUGGAACGCCAGAGGAGAAAUGAGCUGAAACGGAGCUUUUUUGCCCUGCGUGACCAGAUCCCGGAGUUGGAAAACAAUGAAAAGGCCCCCAAGGUAGUUAUCCUUAAAAAAGCCACAGCAUACAUCCUGUCCAUCCAAGCAGAAGAGCAAAAGCUCAUUUCAGAAAAGGACUUGUUGCGGAAGCGGCGAGAGCAGUUGAAACACAAACUUGAACAGCUAAGGAACUCUUGUGCCUAAGGUGACCUAUUGGAGGGAGGAACUGGAAUUUCUCUUGAAUUCUCACUUGUUGCUAAGGGAAAGUAAGGAAAAGAGUUCCUUCUGACAGAAACUGCAGCAAUUCACUGCAAACUGCAGCAAUUCACUGCGAAUGAACUUCUUUCAAAUGCAUGGUUAAGUGCAAACCUCACAACCUUGGCUGGGUCUUGGGAUUGAAAGGUUUAGCCACAAUGUAAACUGCCUCAAAUGGGACUUUAGACAUAAAAGAACUUUUUUUAUGCUUGUCAUCCUUUUUUUUUUCCUUUAACAGAUUUGUAUUUAAGAAUUGUUUUUAAAAAUCCUGAAGUUUACUCAAUUUUCCUGUGUAAAUAUGGCCAUUAAAUGUAAAUAAUAAAGCGUUUAUAGCAAUUAUACAAGAUUUCAAACAUACUAUAAACCAUAAUUUUUUUUUUAUUUAAGUACAUUCUCCUUUUUAAAGUUGAUUUUUUUCUAUUGUUUUUAGAAAAAAAUAAAAUACCUGGCAAAUAUAUAAUUAAGCCAAAUCUGAAGUUGUGAGUGUUUUGUUUCUUCUAUUUCUUUUCUUUAUUCUAUUCCCUUUUCAUCAAUUACAAAUUAACAGAAUUUGGCUCUUUUAAGGGAGUGAGCUUACAAAGAUGGGAAAAGAAGUUAUAAGAGAGGACAAGGGCUUUUCUUUGUUAAAAUGGGUCUAGGGCCUUACGGUCUUGUAAAUUCUCAGGAUUAUAAAAUGCUUCCUGGGGAUUUGUGAUAAGGGCCAGAGUUGAUACUUGGAAGAAUGUAAGGUCAGUAGUCUGGAGAGGAGGCAAGGAUGGAAGAGGUUAAAGAUAACAGUUAAGUACACAAAGUGGUUAAGGACUGAGAGUUGAGAGGAUGAAGCCUUCAGGUUGGUUAACCCAUGCGGUUCCCCUGCUCCAUUCACACCCAGAGGCUCUGCCUACCCACAAAGGUGACGGGAGAAUAGGAACCAGCUUUGGCUGCUUGCCCAUGACUACCUGUGCCAGUUUCUUUACCUGGUUAUCUCAUAAGCCCCAAAGGAGCUCUGGGAGGCAAGUUAUUAACCCUAUUUUACAAACAAGGAAAUAAGAAAGGUCAGAGAGGUUACCUAAGUUCUCUGUGGCCAUGCAAAUAGUCAAAGGCUGAAUCCAGGUCCUGUGUUUAUCGAAAAACACUUCUCCCAUGCCUUAGCUCUUCCUGUGUGUUAAGGACAGAGAGCAAGAAUGCUUUUGGUUUGGGGCCUGAUAGGCCAACGAAGGAGAUCACCAAGCUCAACUACUAUGUGCCCAGCAUUCUAAGCAUUUUCCUUAUGACUCCACAGCAAACCUUUCCAGGAGGUACUUUUGAUUCCCCCAUGAGAGAAGGGGAAGCUGAGGUACAUCAAGUGUCAUCCACAUACCCAAGGUCCACUGAUAAUGAAAAGCAGAGCUGGGAUGUAAACCAAAAUCCACUCACCCUGUGCCACACUGCUUCUCCAACAGGCCAGCAAGAACCAGCCUGCUGCUCAUGAAAAGGGCAGUUAACCAAACUGGUGGGUUACGUACCUUAAGUUUCAACAUUUAGGCCCAAUGGGACAUCAGUUCCCCUUAAUUUGCUUAUUUUGUUUCAUUUUGUUCUUCACUGUUAAACAUUUCCCUUCAUGUUGAGAAACCCACAGCUAAUUCACUGCUACCUUAGCUAUUUGUUGAGAUUCUCCAGUUGCUCCUGGGAAGCAGCCAGUUUGGAAAUGCUACUGUUCAGAUCAUAAAAUAAAACAUACUUAACCUUU